AUGGCAACAUGAGCAAAUUUAGGGCUACAAGAUAGAACUUCCCCUUUAAUAGAACAAUUAAAUUUUUUUCAUGAUCAUACUCUUUUAAUUUUAACUAUAAUUACAAUUUUAGUAGGAUAUAUUAUAGGAAUACUAAUAUUUAAUAAUUUUACUAAUCGAUUUCUUCUUCACGGUCAAACAAUCGAAAUUAUUUGAACAGUAUUACCUGCCAUUAUUUUAAUAUUUAUUGCUUUCCCUUCUUUACGAUUAUUAUAUUUAAUAGAUGAAAUUAAUACUCCUUCAUUAACUUUAAAAUCUAUUGGUCAUCAAUGAUAUUGAAGUUAUGAAUAUUCAGAUUUUUUAAACUUAGAAUUUGAUUCUUAUAUAAUCCCUACAAAUGAAUUAGAAACAAGAGGAUUCCGUUUAUUAGAUGUCGAUAAUCGUAUUAUUUUACCAAUAAAUAACCAAAUUCGAAUUUUAGUAACAGCAACAGAUGUACUUCAUUCAUGAACAAUUCCAUCUUUAGGAGUUAAAGUUGAUGCAACCCCCGGUCGUUUAAACCAACUUAAUUUUUUAAUAAAUCGACCAGGACUAUUUUUUGGGCAAUGUUCUGAAAUUUGUGGAGCUAAUCACAGUUUUAUACCAAUUGUAAUUGAAAGAGUUCCUAUAAAUUUUUUUAUUAAAUGAAUUAUUUCAAUAACUAAUU